GUAGAUGGGAAGGAGAAUGUGGUCGGGGAUCUUCACAGCAGUCGCGUGCGCCGAGAGGAACUUCAUCUGCUGCUCCUCCAGGGAGUUGCUGCUCACCGCAUUCACCGCCCAUGCCGCCCGUGCGUGAGCGUGCGGUUCGGCGACCAGUGCCGGUCCUUGUCCCGCGGUGGCGGCGCGGGGCUCCUCGGCAACGCGCACCGUGGCAGACGUCAUGGCCUGCACCGCUGGAGCAGUCAUCGCGAUAGCGAUGGCACGGGAACUCUUCGGGGGCCUGGGCCUGCGGCGGGAGCGGGCGAGGCCGGAGGCGGUGGAGCUGCCGCCGGAGCUGCGGGCGCCAGAGUGGCCCCAAGACCUUCUGGCGCCCUCGCGCCCGAACCCGUGGCUUCGCGCCCCGGGGGGCGGCGUGCUGGGCAGUGAGUCGCUGCUGCGCGCGCAACUGCAGGACCUCCAGUCCACCGUCGGCGAGAUGAGCUCGAGCCCCCCGGCGCUGAUAGCGCGGGCGGCCGCGCCCGAGUCGGGUGGCGGCCCUGCGGAGUGCAGCUCCCUCGACGCGCAGCUGCACUGGCAUGUGGGCAGCCGCUACGCGCUGCGGUGCCCGGUGCAGCUGUACGACUCGGGUAGCCCGCUCCCGCCGUUGCCCAUUCACGCGGGCGACGCGUGCGCGACGCUGGAGGCUGGGGCGCACGUGCUGUUGCUCGCGCUGCACCACGCGGAGGACGCGGGUGGUGGCGCGCUGUACGCCUACGUCGCCGAUGCGGGCCACGGUCGGUGGGCCUGUGGCUGGCUCCACCUUGCGGGCCCCCCUCUCGCGAAGCCCGCCGCGGGCCUUCGCCGCCUCCCUGGCAGCUGGGCCGCGGGCGGGAGGCACAGGUUGCUGUGCAGCAGGUCGCUGCAGUCGGGCCAAGGCCUACACAGCCACCAGGUGGGCCAGGCUGGCCGUGGCGAGGAGGUCGUGAUCCUGGACGUGGCCGUGGGCUUCCUGGGCGCGCAGCCGCGGCUGCGCGCGUUAGUGCAGACCCGCUCAGGCGCGCGAGGCUGGCUGACCGUUGAGGGGCCUGGGGAGGUGGCGCUCAGCUCCACCGAGGCGUCUUCUCCGGGCGCGGCGGACGCACUAAAGGUGUGCCUGGCAGCAUCGCAGACAGCAACAGCCCCGGCACCGCGGCCAAGAGAAGCCGCUCCGCUGGGUGAGCGUGCCAAGGCUGGUGCAUGGUCAACUGCUGACCAGCCUGCUGCUCGGAGGCCCAAGGCGGCCGAGCUGUCCCGUAAGGAGGCGCUGUCCGACGCAAAGCCGUCGCCCGCCCCUUGUGCCAAGGCGACGUCAGAGGGCCGAAGCUGCGGCCGCUUGUCUCGGCCACUUUCAGGAGCCUCGGCGCCACUGGAGGUCCGCGUGAGGCGGCAGGGCACCUCGGGCCUCGGCUUGUCUUUGGACUGUUCAGACGGGCGCACCGUUCGUAUCACAGCCAUUCAGCGAGUUGGCCUUUUUUCGACGUGGAACGAAGCCAUGCCUGCCCACGAGCAGGUGCGCCCUGGCGACAGGGUGGUCUCUGCGAAUGGACACAAGGGAGACGCACAUGCCAUCAUGCAAGAGCUGGCGGAGGCGCGCGACCUGCGGCUGACACUGCUGAGGUCCGAGGACGAGAACCCUAAGACCAGCAUGGACGCAGCAGGGGCCAGGGCCGUGCCGACUUCCGGAGGCGGUCGUCGUACACCAGAAGCCGACGCUGCGCUGGACCGGAGGACACAUGCAGCCAGCCCGCCGCGAGCGGCAGUCUUGCACGCCAUCGAGGCGACGCCAGAGUGGAGCGCCUGGCAGGUGCCCGCGAGGCCUCGGUCCUGGCUGGCGCCCGGUUCUGUUCGGAGCGCACCGGUGGAGAGCACGGGUGGCGGUGGUGGCGGCGCUGUGCUGCCUCUCAGCGGCAGCCGAAGCAGGCUGGUGGCCUCCCAGUCCCUGGUCAGGCCGGCCGGCGGGACCCCGAAGACCGUGCUGUUGGCCGAGCAGUCAGGCCGCGGCGGCGGAGCGGGCCAGUCCUCUUCGGAGUUGCCCGCGAGCCAGCCAGGCCCACCCUGCCGAGCCCGCAAGGGCGGCAGCACAGAGCUCGCGUGCUGCGCGCAGGUGCUCGCGGUGGAGCAGGCGGGCGCCGAAAAAGGCUGCCCUGGGCUGCAGCUGCCGCAGCGGGUCGACGGCCGCCAGAGCCCCGGCGUGAAGCUGCCCGACGAGGCGCUCUCGUCCUGUGGUUCCCGCGCAUCUCGCGGGUGUGCGGCAUUUCCCGAUCACGUGCCCCAGCCGCAGGCGGGCGAGGGCGAGGGCGAGGGCGAGGGCGAGGGCGAGUGCGAGGGCGAGGGCGAGGCGUGCUGUGGGAGUUGUUCGGUUGCUCGGGCGCCGAGGGCGCCGUCGCGAGGCAGUUCAGGUGCCGCAGGUGGUCGUACGGCUGCCGAGAAGGACAGGGCACCGUCCGAUGAUAGCUCGGGCGUUUCACGAUGUCACACGGCCGCAAACACCAUUGCCUCCCGCGAUAUCUCGGGCGCCGCGGGCGGCGGGGCAGCCCCCAAGAUGGACAGGGCGCCCUCCGACGCCAGCUCGGUCGCCAGGAGCACUGGCGCUUCUGCGGCUGGGAAGGGCAGAUUUCCUUCUGAGGAGGAUGUCGCUACCAGCGGGCACUGUGGGCACUGUGGUGGCAUUCGGGCACAGCUCUCUGCGGUCCCUGCGGGUGCUCGUGCGACAGCCGCGACGGACAGGGCGCCCUCUCACGACAGUUCGCACGCUUCCCGGGGCCAGGCAGCUGCCAAGGUGGGCAGGGCGCAGUCCGAUGACAGCUUGGACACGGCAGGCGGUUGCGCGGCUGCUAGGAAGCCAAGGGCAGACUCAAGCGACAGCUCGAACGCUCCAGGCACCCCUGCGGCCGCUCGGGAGCACCGGGCACCCUCCGACGGCAGCUCGGAGGCCUCGCGAUGUUUUGCGAACGCCAGGAAUGAGAGAGCAAUUUCAGACGACAGCUCGCUUGCCGUGCGACCUGGCAUGGCUGCCGCCAGGACGGACGGAGCGCCCUCCAGGGACAGCUCGGAGGCUGUGGGUGGCCGUGCGGCUGCCAGGGGGGACGGAUCACUCUCCGACGACAGCAUGAAUGCAUCGAGAGGCCGUGGGGCCGCCAAGGUUGAGAAGGCCCUUUCCGACAACAGCUCGGGCACCUCGCGUGGUCGUUCUGCGGCCGCCAGGAAGAAAGACAGGGCAAUCUCCGACAGCAGCUUGGGCGCCGCGAGCGCUCGAGGGGCUGCGACGGUGAACAGGGCACUCUCCAAUGCCAGCUCGGAGGCCUUCCGAGGUCGUGCAGCCGCUGGCAGGGGCAGGGCCACUUCCGACGGCAGCUCGAUUGCUGCAGGCGGCCGCGCGGCUGCUGGGAAGCAAAGGGCGCCCUCCAACGGCAGCUCGGAGGCCUCGCGAGGGGCCGUCAAGACUGGCAGGGCGCCCUCCGACGACAGCUCCGUCGCUGCAGGCGGCCGCGCGGCUGCUGGGAAGCAAAGGGCGCCCUCCAACGGCAGCUCGGAGGUCUCGCAAGCUCGCGCGGCCGCCACGAAAGGCAAGGAGCCCUCCGACGUCAGCUCGGACACCGCAGGCGGCCGCGCGGCUGCUGGGAAGCAGAGGGCGCCCUCCAACGGCAGCUCGGAGGCCUCGCAAGCUCGCGCGGCCGCCACGAAGGGCAAGGAGCCCUCCGACGGCAGCUCGGCGGCCGCCAAGAAGGGCAGGGCGCCGUCCGAUGCCAGCUCACAGGCCUCGCGAGGUCGGCCAGCAGUCAAGCAGGAAAGGGUACCGUCCGGGGACAGCUCGGGCACCCUCGGAGCCCAGCUGGCUGCCAGGGAGGAUAGGGCCCUCUCCGACGACAGCUCCCACGCUGGAGACGGCCGUGCGGCUGCUCGGAAGAAAAGGGCAGCCUCUGACGGCAGCUCGGAGGCCUCGCAAGGUCGCGCUGCCGUCAAGGAGGCCAGGGCAGCGUCCGACGACAGCUCGGGCGACUUGAAUGCCCGAGCGGCCGCGAGGAAGGAUCGGGCAAAUUCCGACCACAGCUCGAGCUCUUCACGCGGUCGCUUAGCGUCCAAGAAGGGCGGGGCGUCCUCCGACGACAGCUCCGACGCCGCAGGCGUCCGCGCUGCAGCUGGGAAGCAAAGGGCGCCCUCAAACGGCAGCUCGGAGCCCUCGCGAGGUCGCGCCGCCGCCAAGAAGGACAGGGCUUCCUCCGACGACAGCUCGGUCGCCGCAGGCGGUCGCGCGGCAGCUCAGAAGGAGAGGGCGCCCUCCGACGAUAGCUCGCAGCCCUCGCGAGGUCGCGCGGCCGCCAAGGGCAGGACGCCCUCCGCUGGCAGCUCGCGUGCCGCCUCAGGCGGCGGGGACGCCAGGAAGGCCAAGGCGCCCUCGGACGGCAGCACGGGCUCCUCGCGAGCCCAUGCGGCCGCCCGCGAGCCCUCCGCCGGCAGCUCGCGAGCCGCCUCGGACGGCGGCAGGUCUGGCCGCAGCCCGCGCGCCUCGCGCAGGGGCGGCGCCGCCGCCGGCAGGGCGCCCUCCGCCUGCAGCUCGCGCGCCGGCUCGGGCAGCGGUACCGCCGCCGGCGCGGCCGCGAGGCCGCCCCAAGAGGGCCCCGAGAACGCCCAGGAAGGGACGUGCCCAGGGGCCGUGUGGUGGACGGCCCGGACUCGCAGCCGAUCGGGGACCCCGGCGCGGAAUGCCCCGCGGGCCCGAAGGAGAGAGCGGCUGCGCAUGCCACAGCCCGGCGCCUUGCCUCGCAACGACGGGCUGCCGUGUGAGCUUGCUGGGCUUCUUCGGAGUGCUCUGCGGCUCGGCCUCGCCCGCCACUGCGUCUUGCGGCCCGUGAGGGCAUCCAGGGCCCCCCCCCCACUCAUCCAUCCUCCCUCGCUUGGUUGACGGGGCCAAUGAGCUCGGCGAAGGAGCUCAAUAUACACGGUUCAUAGUCUCACAGGUUGGGCCAAUUGGGCGCUUGUACACCGAGCUCUCUGGCAGACCGAACGAGCCCAUCCCAGUCCUCCCCCCCCCGUGCCCCAUUCCUCUCCCCCCGCCCCGCCCCGUGCACAGGGGGGGGUCCGACGAGCAGGGUUCGGUGCUGCGGAGCCCGUGCCCGUCGGGGGGGGGGCGUCUGCCCUCGUAAUGCGCGAGCGGGUCCCCGAAGCGGUCCGUCGCCG